CGACGUUCGACGUUCCAGGUGUGUGGCGCUUGGUGGUCAAGCUCAGCAAAGGGAGACGGAAAAGAACCAGUGUGCUUCCGGGGGUGUUAGGUGUCGGGUGUGGGCGACGUGGCCCACGCAGAAGCGAGGAAGAAGAAGUGACCGCGUUCGCGGAUGAUUUAUUUUAGUUAAUCAUUAGCCUCCUCUCGUCAUUCCCGAGGGGUUUAAAUGGUGUACGUGUACAGCAGGGCGUCAGGGCCAAGCGCAGCGGCUGGUGCGUAGGAGGGGGGUUGUAUGACAGGCAGAGCGAUUUACGAAGGAGGAAGGGGCGUUUCUUUGAUCGGGGCAAUCACGGGGAGACUGGCGGAGGAACACACCUGCCGUCACCAUGUCGUCGUCCUUCUCCAGCCUGUUCCACGAUCAGGGAUUCAUCCAUCAUCUGCCCAACCCACCUGUAGAGAGGCAGGUGGGGUUCUGCUGGAAACAAGUGCAGGAAGUCGAUGAUUUUCACGAGAACGAAGUGCCUUCUUCAUCCUCCGUGGAGCCAAGGUCUAAUGGGCCCGGAUCAGAGACUUCUUCAUCAUUCGACAAGGUCGCGGGGUCGACGUUGAGGCGACAAGGUGCGGCCGUGGGGCCAAUAGGGAGUGGAAGCUACGGGGGGGCGACUAUGGUGUCCCAGGCGGUCACGUCAGGUCAUCAGGAGGACUGGAUUCAGGCAGUAAGAGAUCCGAUGCUGGGAGGGCCGAUGCUGGGAGUUGAUCUGCUCCUUGGGGGGAGAGGAGCGACGACAAAUUGGGCAGCCGUUGGCCCACCAUCAGGAACGAGUGUGGAGAGGACGGGGACUGUAUCAGCGGUAGCCGGAUUGGCAUGGAACCACUCUGUGGAGAUUCCCGGAGCCAAACCAGAAUCUCGAAUUUUGCACCAGGCACAGUUGGCCCCGUCGCAGCAGCAGCAGCAGCAGCAGCAAUCAGCACAGCAGUCUCUUCAACAGAGUCAGCAUCAGCUGUCGCUUUCGCCUCUUGUGAAUGGAAUGCUGCCAACAGAGCCGCUUCAUAUGGAUGGCAUGAGCAGUUUCUGCAGCUCAUUUCCAUCUCUCUUCAGUAACAGACUCAGCUUUUCAGAUGUGAUGGACAUGCAUCAUGGACGGUCAUUUGAUAUGGGCCACAGUCACCUGAGCAGUUCGGCAGUUGAAGAGGAGCCGGAAGAGCCCUUUGGACUGGGGGAUGACCUGGACGCUCAAAACAUUCAGAAAUUUCUGCCGGAUGAUGAAGAGGAGCUGCUGGCAAAUGCGAUGGAUUUUAAUUUGAAUCUCAGUGGCAAUGGGAGUGAAGAACCAGACGAUUAUGACGUCUUCCCGCUUGGCAUUGAGCUAGGAGAGAAUCUGAACGGUACAGCCGGUCAAGCUCAAGACGGUGAUGGAUCAGGAUCUCGCAUACACACGGGCCCGUCUGCGUCAAGUUCCGUUGUUGGGGAACACCCUUACGGAGAGCAUCCAUCAAGAACUCUCUUUGUCCGCAAUAUCAACAGCAAUGUAGAGGACUCGGAGCUGAGAGCUCUAUUUGAGGCCCACGGUGCAAUACGGACAUUGUAUACGGCCUGCAAGCAUCGUGGCUUUGUGAUGAUCUCUUACUAUGACAUCCGAGCCGCAAGAAAUGCAAUGAGGGCCUUGCAGAACAAGCCUCUGCGUAGGCGGAAGUUGGAUAUACACUUCUCUAUUCCCAAGGAGAAUCCAUCAGACAAGGAUGUGAAUCAAGGCACAUUGGUGGUUUUCAAUCUUGACGCAUCUGUCACGAACGAGGAGCUUCGACAGAUAUUCAGCCAGCAUGGCGAAGUCAAAGAGAUUCGGGAGACUCCACACAAGAGGCACCACAAGUUCAUCGAGUUCUAUGAUGUGCGGGCGGCGGAAGCAGCUCUAAGAGCACUUAACCGGAGUGAUAUUGCUGGAAAGAGGAUCAAGCUCGAGCCCAGCCGUCCCGGGGGUGCUCGUCGCAAUCUUAUGCAACAGCUUAGUGCGGAAUUGGCCGAGGAAGAAACCCUAUCACAAAGGGGAGAGUGCAUGUCGGUGCCAGGGAACUUCAGGCAAUCGGCAUGCCUGACACCAAAGUUGUGGGGGGCCCAAGUGGAGGUGGGUGGUUCUCGCAGCAUUCCUUAUUCUCAUUCACCGUCCGCUUCUGUUGGCACUGCGUUCAGCAGGCCUCCUCAUGCCUCGUCGCCUGUGAGAAUAGGAUCUGGGAUAGGACCAGGGAGUGCUCACGGUGGUGGUCAGCAAUUGGGCCAGGGGAUCUCCAUGACUGAGGGUAGUCAGUCGCUCGGAGGUUUUGCCUCCAGCCGCCUCCCUCCACAUCCUCAUGCUCAGUCUUUGCCUGAGUAUGGCAACAGUGCUGUGAGUGGCAGCGCCAAUGGCAGUGGCUUCAUUCGGCAGCGCAUUGCACAACAAGGAUCGUCUUCUUCCAGUGCACAAUCGGCAGUCACGGCUGCAGCUAUGGUUGCAGCUCUUCGAUCCCGCGAGUCACUUGAUGGUGCCCGUCUUCACCCAGCUGGUAGUGGUGUCAUGGUGGGAGGUCGUGGUGAUGGAGGCGCCUUUGAUCACAGUAGUUCCGCAGUGCUUGGCCCCCCUGUGGGAGCACCCCUACUGUACCCUCCGGGCUCUGCUGCUGCUGGAUCACCGUCCGUAUCAAAUCCAUAUAUCUGGGGACCUGGGGCGUUUCAUCACCAGAACUCACCCCCUAUGGUGUGGUCGCAUGGGCCAGGCCAUCCCCAUAGCUUUCAUGGCCAGGGGUACCUUCAUUCGUCAGCGCAUGGUGUUGGUCAUCCCCUUUCACAGCAUGACAGUGGGCCUCAAGGCGGACACCAUUCUCUGCACGCUGCACAUGUCGGGUCAGCACCUCCAGGUGAUGCCUCAAUGCUUGAACGAAGGUAUGGAUGGAGCGAAGCAACAGAGAACUUGUUCCGUCCGGGUUCACUCGGAUCAAUGGGAACUGGGCUUGGAGGCGUACCUAUAGGCCUGAACGGUGGCACCCUUGACAACGGGCCUUCUUCCCCAUUGGGAGUGAUGUCACCCCAGCACCGGAACAUCAGCUCAGGGCGACCAUCAAGUGCGCAGUCUGGUCCUCAGGCGGCCCCAGAAGGGUCAAAUGGUUCAAGUGGUGGAGGAAGAGGCAGGAGAGGGGACAGUGCAAGCAACAAUGCAGACAACAAGAAGCAGUACCAGCUGGAUAUUGAUAAAAUUUUGCGGGGCGAGGACCCUCGAACUACACUUAUGAUUAAGAAUAUUCCAAACAAGUACACACAAAAGAUGCUGUUGGCGGCAAUUGAUGACAAUCACCGGGGAACAUAUGAUUUCUUUUAUCUUCCUAUUGAUUUCAAGAAUAAAUGUAACGUCGGAUAUGCUUUUAUCAACCUAAUCUCCCCAUCAAAAAUUGUUCCCUUUUACCAGGCAUUUAAUGGGAAGAAGUGGGAGAAGUUCAACAGUGAGAAAGUCGCGAGUCUUGCGUAUGCUCGCAUUCAGGGGAAGGCUGCGCUGGUUGCUCAUUUUCAGAAUUCAAGUCUCAUGAAUGAGGAUAAGCGGUGUCGGCCGAUUCUCUUCCACUCCGAUGGUCCUCACGUGGGAGACCAGGUAUCAGUGUCAUAAAUAUGAGCCUUUUCCAGUUGGUGUGAAUGUGAGAGUUCGCCCUAAUCGCAGCAGCAGCAACUCACUCACUGGGGGUACCGGGAAUAUCGGCAGCUCUGCACCCGGGUCUGCAGCAUCUUCUUUUCACGACGACGUAAUGCUGCAAAUGAAGGGUGACAAUGGAAUUCUUGGCUCGUUCACGUCGGGCAGCAGCGGAAGCCCAACAAAUGGUCUCUCUCCGACCGAGGCAUCAUCACCUUUGGGACAGUCGGACGGAUCUGUGGGUUCGUGAAAGCACAACCAUCUUCUGAGGCUCGGUGAGCAUCCCAAGUAAACUGCUGUGCAAAAAGCGGCGAAUGAUUGCAUUUACAAGUUGUUGGGUGUCUGAAAGAUUGGUUUGCGAGUGCUCUGAAUUCGUUUGAAGAAAUGGAAUAGCGUCAGUUUGUGACAUAGCGUCGCAUGUCCGUGUGCCUGUACAACGCACAUCAGUAGAGAUGCUGUGUUGGGUAAAUAUUUCCGUCUGCUUGUGGGAUGAUUAUUUUGAAGGCGCAGCCACCAGAACAGGCUGGAUGAAUGAGGGGCCGAUCUUUCCUUUAUCUGGGAAAGGCAACCAGGUGAAAAGGAGUGUUUUGUGAAGUUUGUUGUAGUCUUCUCAAAGGGCCAGGUCAGGGGCCCAAACUGGCUGUUCAGUUGCAGCUUAUGUCAGCUGUAUGCUUCUAGUUGGUACAGCUUCCCCUUGGGCAAUGGUGUGCCUGAUCAGGGAAAAAAGGGGUCAUGUCAGAGUGGCACUGUAUGUCUUUGUUCGAGUGUGUGUUUGUGUGUGUGGGCAUGCAUGCUCAUGUGUGUGUGUGUGUGUGUGUGUGUGUGUGUG